UCUCGCGAGAAGAUAAACGAGAGUUUGCCAAUGAGAAAAUGGAAACUGAUGAGGCUCAAAAUCCGCCGGCGGCCGCACAAGGUGCCACUACAACCUCAUCAUCGAGUUUUAAAAUCCCUGUGUUUAUAUUAACGGAUCUGUGUAGCCGUUUUAUCAUCAACAUGCCAAAGGAAGAAAGACAAGAUCUCAUAAGGAUAUUCUUUCAAAUUGAACUGGCACACUGGUUUUACCUUGAUUUUUACUGUCCAGAAAACCCAGAGUACAAAACAUGUGGUAUCAAAGACUUUUCUGCUCAGAUUUUCAACCACUGUCCUUUUCUUAUGCCACAUGCUGAUAGCUUUGAAAGGAUUCUUGGUGACUGGAAAUCCUACAAGCUUGCUGUGCCCACCUAUGGAGCCAUUAUGCUAGACCCAACACUGCAAUAUUGCAUUCUUGCUCAGGGCUACUGGCAGAAAAGUAGUUGGACUUUUCCCAAAGGCAAAGUUAAUGAAGAUGAACUGCCAAUAGAUUGUGCAGUAAGAGAGGUGUUAGAAGAAACUGGUUAUGAUAUCUUAAAGCAGAUUAACAGCAACGAUUACAUAGAGCACAGAGUGAGUGACCAACUGGCUGGGCUCUACAUCAUUCCCAACAUACCACUGAAUGCAAAAUUCAAACCAAAGACAAGGAAUGAAAUAAAGAGCUUGAAGUGGUUCAAAGUUGACCAUUUGCCAGUUCACAAGAAGGAUCAAACCCCAAAAACAGAACUAGGUCUAAGUGCAAAUACAUUUUUCAUGAUUAUUCCAUUUAUAAAGCCCUUGAGAAAAUGGAUAGCAUCCAGGUUACGGAAAACCCAGCACUUGUCAGAAUUGUCUGAAUCCCAGGGUCCAUCAAAAGCUAACAGACAGAGAACACAGAAAGAAACUCAGGAUGUCAAACCUUUGACAGAGAAACAAAGACUUAAACAACAGCAGUAUUUUGCUCAGCAAAACAUGUCAGAGUAUCAGGAUUUCAUGAAAUUUAAAGACACUAAAGCAAAAGGCAGAGAUGACAGUAAAAGCAAAGUGAAAGAUGACAGAUCGAAGACAAAAGAUCAAAGACUAUCAGAAAAACCAAGUUCUCAUUCACCUACUCCAAAGUUCCAGAAGCAGAUGCAGACCACCUCUCCAAAACAGAAGAAACAAGUCACUAUUUUGAAUCGUGAUGGCAGCAUAUCAGGAAAAAGCCCAGAUAGUUCUAGGAUUACAAGGAGGUCUUUAGCUACACAGUUUACUCAUCCAAAAACAGAUGGAAUGCAAAAAUCAAGUCAGCGAAAAUUCAAGAAAGGACUAUUACAUUUCUAUUCUGAAACUUGGGCUAAUUUCCAACUUGACAAAGAAGCCUUAUUAAAACUAAUGCCAUGAUGACAACUAUUAUUUUACAGUAACUGUUGUAGGAACAUUAAGAGUGAAACAAGUAUUUAUUAUGUUUCAGGAUUUUAAGCAAUACAAUGCAAGGAACUUGCCUCCACACUAAGAUUAAACUAUUCAUAACAGAAAGUGUUGCUGGUGAAUUCGGCAAAGACAUUGGUUUACUAGGCUCAAAAUUUGUUGUAAGAUAGAAUUUUGACUUGCUCAUAAAAUUUAGUAUGUUGA